AUGAGCCACCAAAGAUAUCCGUCUCAUGACCCCAUAAAGGAGCCUCACUCUGUCUCCGUCAAGGUGCUCCGCCUCUCACGCCCCUCUCUCGUGUCACAGUAUCCCGUCGAGCCUCCUCUUUCCGUCCCCGGGACGAUUCCGACCGCGGCACCCGCCUCCCUCGCUUACGCGUCGGCCGCGGCCCCGGCGCCCGAGACGAACCCAGCGCCCUUUGUCCUCAGCCCGAUUCUCAACCUGCCCGUGUCCUUUGGCUCUGCCUACGUCGGGGAGACCUUUAGCUGCACGCUCUGCGCGAACAACGACCUGACGCCCGAUGCUGGCAAGCAGAUCCGCGAUGUGCGCAUCGAGGCAGAGAUGAAGACGCCGGGCCUCGGGGCGGCGCACAAGCUCGACCUGGGGCCCGCGCCGCCCCACGGCGAGGCCGGUGCCGCAGCAGCUGCCGCAGUGGCCGUAGGUGGCGUUGACCUCGAACCAGCGGGCACGCUGCAGAAAGUGGUCUCAUUCGACCUCAAGGAAGAGGGGAACCACGUGCUCGCCGUGACGGUGAGCUACUACGAAGCGACGGAGACAAGCGGACGGACUCGGACGUUUAGGAAGCUCUACCAGUUUAUCUGCAAGGCGUCUCUCAUCGUGCGGACAAAGGUUGGCGCGCUGCCGACGUCGCUGCACAAGCAGGGCGAGCAGACCGACGGCGGCGGCGGCGGCGGUCAGAGGUGGGUGCUCGAGGCGCAGCUCGAGAACUGCAGCGAGGACGUGGUACAGUUGGAGAAGGUGGCCAUGGAGCUCGAGGAUGGAUUUCGAUACAAGGACUGCAACUGGGAGUCGAGCGGGAGCGCGAAGCCCGUGUUGCAGCCCGGCGAGGUGGAGCAGGUGUGCUUCCUGGUCGAGCAGCAGCAGCAGGUGGACAAGGCGGCCGACAAUGGCAAAGCGGAGGACGGGGAGCAGCCGCGGCCUCGCGGAGCCGAUGGCAGAGUCACAUUCGGCGUGUUGGGCAUCGGCUGGAGGGGCGAGAUGGGCAAUAGGGGCUUUCUCUCGACGGGCAGACUCGGGGCGCGGGUCUCGGCACGGUGA